GGAGGAAGCAGUGGGGGGAAACAAAAAAUCUAAGCACCUCAAGCGGUUUAAGCAACAUCAUCGCUGCUUCAGUUUUAGUCCACGUAAUAGUGGGGGAAAAUUGCGAAAUUAGGUUCGCUGAGCUCCUGUUGCACCUUUUUUGUUUGUAACUGCAACACCGAUAAGGAUAUACCCAGAUGGACAACCUAAGCCCCUCAGACGAGAAGCCUGUCCAGCGCUCCAAGUCUUUGAGCUUUAAGCCUCAGAGAGAGACUUGCGCGUCCUGUGAGAAGACCGUGUAUCCGAUGGAGAGACUGGUUGCCAACAAUCUGAUCUUCCAUAACACCUGCUUCUGCUGCAAGCACUGCAACACCAAGCUCAGCCUGGGCACGUACGCGGCGCUGCAAGGCGAGUUUUACUGCAAGCCGCACUUCCAGCAGCUGUUCAAGAGCAAAGGGAACUACGACGAGGGAUUCGGACGCAAGCAGCACAAAGAGCUCUGGGCCUCCAAAGAGGGCGAGAGCAUCACCAAAUCACCGUGACGACCUCGCCAUCCUCCUCCUCCUCUUCUCUACUGAUCUCCAGCGCUUUCUCGCCUCUCAACGACUGAAUCUGAUUCUGUCUAAAACCUGCCUCUAAAUCUCUCUCUCACACACACACACACACACACGAUGGGGCGGGCAUCUCUUCUCGAGCAUUUUUAAAACUUCUGCCCUUUAGAUUUUAGUAAAUGAUUUACAUAUUUUAUUCUUUUUUUUUUUUCGGCGUGGUUUUAUCCACCGUAAUUAACUCGCUGAUUGUGACCAAAACCCCACGUCAAAAGGGGCGAUUUUUCUUUUUCUUUUCUUUUUCUUUUCUCUUCUAUCAUUUCAGCAUUCUUUCAUCAGGUACACAUGCUGGCACAUGAAAGGUCCUUUAACUGAACUACUUACACCAAUACACAAAUUUUCAGGAUGUACACUCAGGUAGCGAUUCUGGGGUGUCUGAUCCGUUCUUUCUGUCUUUGACGAGCAUUCUAUCGUUUUUGUUUGUUUGUUUGUUGGAGAGAGUCAGGCGUCCACUUUGCCUUUUUUCUUUUGAAAAUCUAUCAGCAGGGUAUUAUAUCUGUGAAAGUACAGGGUAUAUGGUACUGUAUGCAUCUCUGCUGAACAUAUCGUACUCGGAUCCUUGACACGCUCGCUUUCCUUCGUCAUACACGCACAGGUCACGCAGAGGGUGAAAAAAAAAUAGAUUUACUCAAAACCGAGCGUGGAAAUCUAGUUUCUUUUCUCAUCUGGAGACCGGUUUGAUUCAAUAAAAGGAAAAAGUCUUGACGGGUGCUUUCACAUCUUUUAGUCUCAGACUUGGUGUGUUGGAUUUGGCUUAGUGCAUGAAUCGACUCUGGGAAUCGACUCUGAGGAAUCAACUCUGGUGAAUUGACUCUGACGAAUCGAUUCUGACUCAUGUGUCGAACUAAAACACAGAUUCAUUUUAUCCAUUGGAUAAAAUGUUAUAAAGAGCCACAGAGCCAGUGCUAAAUAAAUAACUAAUAUAUCUUGUAUUUAUUUCCCCUGUCUGUCAUUCAGAACGUUGUCAGCGAUUUGAUUUGGCUCACUUUGUGAUUCCCGGCAUGUUCGAUUCGUCGAUUCAGAGUUGAACUGCUUUCUUGCUCCGAUCAAACCGAUGUGUAAAUCUAGUGUCUUUUCUCAUCUGGAGCCCGGUUUGAUUGAAUAAAAGGAAAGUCUUAAAGGGUGCUUGCACAUCUUUUAGUCUAAGACUUGGUGUGUUGGAUUUGGUUUAUUGCAUGAAUCGAAUCUGGCAAAUCGAGUCUGAUGAUUCAGCUCUGGCGAACCGACUCUAGCGAAUAGACUCUGACGAAUUGACUCUGAUGAAACUGAUGAAUCGAGUCUGGCGAAUUGACUCUGACCAAUCGACUCUGAGGAAACUGAGGAAUCAAGUCUGGUGAAUCGGCUCUGACGAAUCAACCCUGAAUUGACUCUGACUAAUCGACUCUGAGGAAACUGAGGAAUCAAGUCUGGCGAAUCGGCUCUGACGAAUCAACCCUGAAUUGACUCUGACAAAUCGACUCUGACUCGUGUCGACCUAAAACACGGAUUCAUUUUAUUCAUUAGAUAAAAUGUUACAAAUGUCCACAGAGCCAGUGCUCAGUAAAUAACAAUUUUAUCUUGAUUCGGCUCACUUUGUGAUUCCCGGCAUGUUCGAUUCGUCGAUUCAGAGUCGAAUGGCUUUCUCGCUCCGAUCAAACCGGUGCAUUGAGAUGGUCUCGGACCUAAAGAACCACACAAGGAGGAAAAAAACUCACACCAGGGUUCCGUCCAAACGUCUAAACUAAAGAUGUGAAGGCAGCCCUCUGGACCGUUCACUUCAUCCACUAAAGCACUUGAUUGAUUUUUUUUACUCGCAAGUUUCCUUACUUUAUGACUGAAUUCCCAAAUUUGCUCUUGAGGCUGUAACGUUUUAACCACUUUUAGACUUUUUUUUUUAAUUCUCUGCCAUUUUACCCAAUGUUUAAGACUUUUCCUUUUGAUUUCCGCUCCAGUUUCUGCACGCUCACUGACCGGUACAUGACUUUACUUCAUUACACAAUGAAUGUACUGUAGUUUGCUGAAGUGGACCAAAGCCACUGAUCCGUGAGAGUAGUGUUUUAGCGGCAGUGAGUUUGUUCUUGUGUGCAGCGCUGUUGCAGCGUGUCGCACCAUUACCCCCCCAGCCCCCCCCCCCACCACUUCCUGUCGUCACAUUGUUCUGUCUGCUUCCUGUUAGCUGCUUUGCGGCUUUGACAGGAAUCACUCGGGUCUUCUCUAGCACGACGUUUUCGCCGUUGCUCAGAAAUGCUGUUGCACGGGUCAUGACGGUCAGAACGUCUCGUCCAUUGUUCUCGUCUCCGUGCUGUGACCAGGGCCUCGUGAGUUCAGGAGGCCGUAUCAUAUGACCUUUAUGUGCACAUAACCUCCUAAAAUCCUGCACUGUCCUUUAGUCAGUUAAAGUACCACCUUAUAUCACUGAAAUGGAGAGACUUAUAUCCCUCAAAUAAAUUCUGGUGUUUCCAGAUUAAAUCCACUGUCAGAAAGGCCAGCAGCUGGUUAACAUCUGUAACAUACCAGUUAACUUUACUAUAUAAUCAGCUCAAAGCACUUUUUCCAACAUAACACACUGAUAACUACACUGAAGGGAGUUUACAACUUCGCCCAUUACUAUCUCCAGUUCAGGGUCUGGCCGUUUGGAGGGAAUUACUAUCUAGUGUUCAGGGCCUUGGUAUUUAAAGAGUUUGAAACAUCUCCCAGUACUAUCUCAUGUUCAGAGCCCUGUUGUUGAAUAUCAACCAAUACUAUCUCAUGUUCAGAGCCCUGUUCUUAAGAGUUUAUUUAGAAUAUCUCCCAGUACUAUUUCAUGAUCAAUGUCUUAACGUUUGUAGGAAUGUACAAUAUCUCCCAGUACUAUCUUGUGUUCAGGGUUCUGGUAAUUGGUGGUAAUUUGCAACAUCUUCCAGUACUGUCUCAUGUUCAGAGCCCUGUUGUUGAGUUGAUUUAGAAUAUCUUCUAGUACCAUCGCAUGUUCAGGGUCUUAACAUUUGUAGAGAAUGUACAAUAUCUCCCAUUACUAUCUCAUGUUCAGAGAACUGUUCUUAAGAGUUGAUUUUAAAAUAUCUCUCGGUACUAUCUCAUGUUCAGGGUCUUAACAUUUGUAGGGAAUGUACAAUACCUCCCAGUACUGUCUUGUGUCCAGGGCCUUAGCAUGUAAAGGAAAUUUGCAGCAUCGCCCACUACUAUCUCGAGUUCAGGGUCUUGCCGCUUGGAGGGAAUUACUGUCUAGUGUUCAGGGCCUUAGCAUGUAAAGGGAAUUUAGAAUAUCUCCGGGUACUAUCUCAUGUUCAGGGUCCUUAUCAUUUCUAGGGAAUGUACAACAUCUUGUGUUCAGGGUUCUGGUAAUUGGGGGUAAUUUGCAACAUCUCCCAGUAUGAUCUCGUGUUCAGGGCCUUAGCAUGUAAAGGGAAUUUGUGACAUCAAGUACUAUCUCAUGUUUACAGCCCUGGUGUUCAGAGGGAAAUUACAACAUCUCUCUAUACAGGGCCCUGGCGUAAUAGUAGCACUGACAGAAAGCGCCACCUGGUGGUGGGAGAGGACAUGGCUCAUUGGCUUCGAGAACAAGAAGAGUGGCUUUUAUAUUUCUGUUUCUGUCCGAUCAUCCUCUUUGACGUCUUGUAGUCAAGCCGGUCGCUUGGUUUUUUCUUUUGCUUUUCGGCAAGUACGUACGAAGCCAUCGAGAGAUGCCUCUUACCGCUUCAGAAACCCCUUUUUUCUUGUCGCACAUGUUUAAGAUUACUGUGAAACUGAAGGCGCUGUGAGUUUUACAAAAUGUAUCAAAAGCUCUUGCCGUGAGGCAAAACAAUAUUUUCUUAAGUGUUCAAAGUAAGAGUAGAAAUAAUAAAAACCUGUAUCCAUUUCAAAUCUUUACCCAAAGCUUCCUCCUUCGAGUGUUCAGAUUUCUAUCUGUGGUGUGUUUUUUGUUGUCCCUUCACAUGUAGAGUUCAUAUUUUCACAGGGCUAUAUGGUACAAAACCACAACAAUAUCAAGGUGUCCGUAUCAGAGUGUCCGGUUUUACCUCUUUCUAUUUCUGUGACUAUGGGAAAUGGGGAGAAAGGGGUACAAAAACGUCUUCUGCCCCAAUGCUAGUCGUGUCUGUCUGUGGAUGUUCCUUUAGAUGUAUUGCCUUAUUUAAAGUAGUACUAAAAGCAUUUUAAAUGUACUGUAGAGGAUCGUCGGCAUGUUUUCGUGUGAGUGGAGACGUGUGUGAAUACAUCAUGGAGUAUUCUGUGUCUUAACUUCAGAUCGGUGGACUGAACAUGGUGGCCUUAAAAUGGCAGGAAGUUAAGUUUUUUUUGUUUGUUUGUUUGUUUUUUUAAUUGAUGAUUUUUUUUACCCACCCUUUGCAUCUUUAUUAUUAUUCCCAGAGUGUCUGUUCAGGUCUUGAUUCCUUUACAUCACCUGGGAAGCAUUUUAAAAUGCCAUUAUAAACUGUGAGGUCUUCAUUUUGUCCUCUUUCUCCAUCGUUCUGUAGUCCCUUUCUUUCAUUUUUUGUUUGUUUUAAUUUUUGUACAUGCUUUUGAAGAAAAUAAAUAAAAAACAUGCUUGUGUUGA